GCUGCGCUUGCUGCAAAAGCUUCCAAUGCAAACCAGUUUGAGAGCGAAUUAGCUCUCUCUGAGCGCAGCUCUGCGCUUUGAGCUCAGCUGUUUUAGACGCUGCGCUGCCAAAAAAAAAAAAGUUCAACAUUUUUGCACAUUUACCAGUUGAAGUUGAACCGCGGCUGCUUGAAGCCUAAAAAAGCGCGUCGCAUGCGCAAUUAAAACUUGAGUGAACGUUUAACAUUUAAACAUAAAAAAUCAAAGUAGUUUAACGAAUUCGAUUUUCAUAGAUGCGCGCGCUGUUAACUGUAAAAAAGACAAACAUUAAAAGCGUGUUGACCUAGUUGCGCUUUAAUUAAACAAGAAAUGAAGCUGCAAGCGCUGCUGUUGUUGCCACUUCUAAGUAGCGUUUAUAUUGUGGCCACGACAAAUGAUGCAACAAAAGCUGCAACCGAGGCCUUUAUCCACAGCAGUGGCAACAACACUGGCAGUGCUCGCUCCCGCGGCCACAGAUCGCGCACUGUUACACAAUACAGGCUACCACUUGAAACUGCUCCAAAAGCCACCACAGAGCAAACUGUGCGCAGGCGUACUCAGGUGAUUAUGCGACGCAGACCCGUUAGCUCCACUACAACCACCAGCAGCACAACAACAACAACAUCUACUACUAAAACAACAACAACGCCGCGUCCCAGACUAGCCAAUGGCUUCAAUUUCUUCAAUCCAGGCUACUGGAGCUUUGGUCAGCAAAGUGUUGUGGCUGUGAGUCCGCGACCACAUCCACCCAAGAAAUUUACACAUGCGACAGCAGCAGCAAGCAGCUCCAAGGAGGAGAAGCUAAACUAUCGCAAGCAGCAAAAGACAACAACAACCGCCAAGCCCAAGCGUAAAUCUGUUAAUACGACAACAACAACAACGACAACAAGCACUGAAGGACCUUUUCGCAUAGCGCUGCCCACGCUUACAUUUCCCAGCGCUGCCAGCGACAAGAACAGCAGCAAGGAUAACAAGGAUAAGCGCUCUGCGGGCAAUUUGCGCCAACGUUUCAACUGUCCACGGGAGCAUGAGGUGCGCUUUCAGUUGUUUCCUAAAAUUUGCAAAACAGACAAAGACUGCGCCGUUUGGCAAAGGGAUGAGAUUUGCUGUGAUAUCUUCGGCGCCAGCAGCUGUGUAUCAGGUGUAGCCAAGCCUUUGGAGGAAACAGCGCAUGCACCUAUUCUGGGCUUAAUACCACGCAAGUGCCCAACACGCCCACUUGCCGAGCUCUGGUGGGAUGUGCAGGAGUGUAAUACAGACAUGGAUUGCUGGCCACGCGUUUGCUGCCCAGAUGGACGCCGACGUUAUUGUCGCACCUCACAGCCAGAGCUGGAGACGGCGCCAGUGCAAGUCAAGCGCUCAUUUGACUAUUUAACUGAGUACUUGGAAUGCACCGCACCGCCACCGCCCAUCUUUGAUCUACAUCCAAAGGCCUGCACCUCAACGUUGGACUGCUUUCCCAAUGUUUGCUGUCAGGAGGCGGGUCUGCGACAUUGUCGUCCACCCAAGAAGUCUGUGUUAACACUUAUGGCCAACUUUUUAAACGUAGACUUUGUUAAGAGACUAGCGCAAAAUAUUGUUAUCAAAUAGAUUAACUAGAGACAGUAAAUUAUAUGCGUACUUAACGCUAUAAUGUCCAUGCAAUCUUUAGAUACACACAAAUUUUUAAUCCUCACGUAUUGCGCACCUUUCAACAAACCCACCCAUCAUCAUCUUGUUG